UACUCUCUCGUCUCAUUUCUUGCUCAAUAAAUGCUCUGAUCUCAGUUUCAGAAACACUUUAUAAUUUCAACAACUAAUUACUCAGACCUUCAAUCUCUCAUCUGAUAUUACCCAAACCCAUUUCACUAACUUCUUCAAGGUAUGUUUCAUACUUUCUCCCGCUUCAGUGCUUCACUUAAUUGAAGAAUUAUAUUCCUUUUUUACUUUUUUAUACUCCGUAUAUAUUAGCCCAUCAGCAUACAAAUAAUUGAGAAAGUGGUAAUGGUAACAAACUUUGCAUUUUCGAUCUGUUGAAUCACAUGAAGUUUAGAAACUAGGUAGCUAGAAGAUGCAAUGAUUUUGCUGAGGAUACUAUAUAUAAUUCAGCAUAUUAGAUCUGAGUUAACUAGCUCUCUGGAAGAUGCAAUGGUUUACAAACUUUGCAUUGCAUGCACCAUCUCUAUUAUAAUCAUUCCAUUUAAUUUCUUUCCCUCUAUAUAAUUGAUCAAGACUAAUUAAUAAUAACUCGGAUAUGAUAUGAUGGAGUUCCAGAAACACUUUAGAGAAUUGAAGUUCAAUAUAUCAGAAUGGCUUUAGAUGCUGUAACCAGUCUAAUCAAAAUAGUAGAGCAAGACCUUAUGGAGCCCGAACUACUUUCGAUUUUUGAUGCUGGAGGAAUGAAGGUGUGGCUGCUCGAAACCAUCGAGAUUCUGUCUGCCAAGCUCUGCAUUCUGCAAGCAUUUUUGGAGGAGAGGAAAAUGUGGAAUGGCUGGUUCUGGUUUGAUGAUAACGUUGCUGGAAUAUAUGACGAGUAUGAAAUAAAAUCUAAACUGGGACUAGUCUAUUCGGAAGCUAAAUGGUGGCAUCUUCGUGGGACCUUGAAAGCAAUGGUAAGUGAAAUUGAGGAAGUUAAGAAUGGAUGCUGAUUGUAAAAAAAGAAACUGCUUAUGAGGGAAAGAACAUCAAGGUUUGGGAUACCUAUCGAAGUGCUUUAGACCCUGAGGAUGAAGUAAUUGUAGGAAUCCACACUGAUAUAGAGACGAUAGUUAACCGCCUCUGUUAUUCACACUUUAUGAGAUCAGUUUUCACCAUUUUGAGGAAUAGUAACAUUCACAAGUUUCAGAAAUAUGUUGAAAACCCUGUGCUGAAACUACAAGUUAUUUCACUCGUUGGCGAAGGAGGAAUAGGAAAAACUACAUUAGCCAAAAGAGUCUAUGGAAAUCUAACUACCAUUGCUAGCUUUCACAUUCGAGCGUGGGUAGUUUUGUCUAAGGAUGCUAAAUUCAAAGAGAUUCUCAUUGGUCUGUUACGUUGUAUUUCACCAAUAACAAGUGAAAAUUACGACAUGGACUAUGUUCAAAUACGUAAGCAAUUAUACAAAAGUUUGAUGGGCAAGAAGUACUUAAUUUUUUUGGAUGACAUAUGGGAUAUUGUCCCAUGGAUUGUUAUCCAAGAAUAUCUUCCAGAGAAUUUAAACGGAAGUUGAAUCUUAGUAACUACUCGGUCAAAAGAGGUGGCGGAAAAAUUAAGUGCAAAUCCCUACAAUGUGAAGCAUCAAACUUUAGAGGAUCACUGGGAAUUAUUUUCAAGGAAAGUGUUCGGGCAAAGCCAUUGUGUUCCCAGUGAAUAUGAGAAAAUUGGGAAACGCAUUGUUCGUGGUUGUGGUGGAUUACCCCUAGUAGUUGUUUUAAUUUCUGGACUUUUGAUGACAGCAAAAGGGUCUCUAGAAAUAUGGAGAGAUGUUGCCCAAACUUUGGAUGGAGUUGGUAUAUAUGAUGAUAGUUUCAUUAAGCUACAAGUACUUACCUAGUCAUUUGAAGGCUUGCUUUUAUUAUUUUUGUGUGUUUCCAGAAGACAGUGAGAUUCCUGUUAAGAAAUUAAUCAACUUAUGGGUUGCGGAGGGAUUUAUAAAGCAACAUAACAAUAUGAGUUUGGAAGAAGUGGGAGAGAGUUAUUUGCAUGAUCUCAUUAAUAGAAGUCUAGUUCAAAUUAAUGAGCUAAGUAUUGACGGCAAAGUUAAAUCAUGUAACAUUCAUGAUCGAGUGCAUGAGGUUUGUGUGAGACAAGCAAUUGAUGGGAAUACAUUGUGGAUUAUCAAAGACUACUAUGCUCCAAACGCUAGUCAUUGGUUAAGCUGUCAAACAAGUCAUUUGCCAAUCACUUAAGCGAGCUAUGGGAAUUGUGGUCCUGAUGAAAUCCAUUCUGUUCUUUGCUUUGGUAAAGAUGUAUACCAUUCAAAAUGCAGUUACUUCAUGGAUGGAAAAAUGUCCUUUGCAAUUGCCAUGUGAUAUUUUGGAUUUGCCACAAUUGAGGUAUUUGCAUGUUGACAAGAGAUGUUCACAGUUUCUCCCUUGCUUAGUCAAAAAUGAUCUACAAACUCUUUAUUGGUUCAAAGUUGCUAGCUCCGACGAAAAACCAAACUUCAGGAUGGUUCCAAACCUAAUGGAACUUGGGAUUUACAUUGAAGGCCAAUUGGCGCCUAGCCAUCUAGGUAGCCUCGUGCAUUUACAUCUACUUGAGAAGUUGAAGUUUGAAGUAGGAAGGGUUGAACGUUUUUAUCUACCAACAGGUUUUCCACCAAACCUUAAGAAGUUGACACUUUGUUAUACUUAUCUUCCAUGGAAGGAGAUGGACACAAUUGGCGAGCUGCCGCACCUUGAGGUGCUUAAACUAAAAGAUUUUGCCUUUUGUGGCCCAACAUGGAAACCAUCAAAGCAGGGCUUUCGGGAAUUAAAGGCACUUCUUAUUUCACUUUCAAAUCUCGAACAUUGGAAUGCAAGUUCUAAUAAUUUCCCAGUUCUGGAGCGCCUUGUCUUAAGUUAUUGCUGGGAAUUGAAACAAGUUCCAAUUAAUUUUGCAAAAAUUACAACACUGAAUUUAAUUGUAUUAGAAUGCUGCUAUUCUUCUCUUGUGAUGACUUCCGCAAUGCAGAUUUCUUCUGCAAAAAGCAAAGCAUUAAGGUAGAAUGUCCACUUCGUGUUCGUAAAGUUGAAACUAAGGUUGAAUUACCUAUUAUUGAAAGCUGUGAAGAAGAAAGUGUUGAAAGCUCUGAAGAAAAAAGUGUUGAAACCUCUAAAGAAGAGCUUGUCAGAAGCUCUAAAGAAGAAAUGUUUAAAGCUGAUUAGAUUGUGAUGAAAUAUGUGAAGAAGUUAUUCUGGUGAAUGCUUUGAAGAAGAAAGUGCAGUGAGUGAGGAAAGGCUACUCUGAUGUGUUGCAAUUGAAUUUGAACUUCACUUUAUGUUUCAGCUUGCAUUGUAAUUUCAUUCAUGGCUGAAGUUUAUUGCCGAAUAAGUUCUCCAGUCUGUGUGCUAUGAUGUUUUUUGGCUCCAAUGACACCAUGGCUAAGUUGUAACAAUCCACUGUUCAAUUCAGUAUUUUUUUUACAGCAUAUUGAAAUGUUUUAGAACAUAAACUUCUCUCAUAUAUUCAGAAAUCUGCAGAUA